UUCCUUAAGUGGCAGUCAAUUGCAGAAUGCCUUGCUUCAAUCGUUAUCAGAUCACAAAUCACUUGUACAAAGGCAUUCAUUUAUCCAUAUGUAUAAAUGCUAGAUUAAUGAUUCAUUAGUACAUUAGAACAUCUUUAAAGUAACAAAAUUUCUAUACUUGUAGCAGCAAUGGAGGGCGAAGAAAAGAAAACGGCAGAAGAUAUUCUAAACAGAAGAAGUAUAUGUAAGGGUGGGUGCAGCAACAAAGAAAAUUGCUGCAUGAAACAGAUAUACACACUGAUAAAGGAGCACAAAAAGGAGUGGAAGGAGAUCGAGGAGAUGAGCUUCGCGGAAACUCCGCUGCACAGAGCGGCCGCAGCGGGGAACACAGAGGUGGCUGUGGAGAUCUUGAACCUGAUGCCGUCGCUGGGCAGGAAGCUGAACGAGGAGGGGCUGAGCCCCCUCCACCUGGCCAUAGAAGGGGCGCACCAUGACACGGCGCGGGUGAUGGCGAGAUUCGACAAGCAGCUGGUGCGGGUGAAGGGCAAGAAGGGCAUGACUCCAUUGAUGCAAUGCGCUACCAGUGCCGACCUCGACAAAGGGAUAAAAGAUCUGGAGCUUCUUGCAAGGCUCUUGGUUGCAUGCCCGGAGUCGGUCGCCGACAUCAACAACAACAACCAGACUGUUGUUCACGUGGCGCUGGAGCAUCGGCGGUGCGACACUGUGUGCGUGCUGGUGGAUUGGCUGAGGAGGAGGGAUCAGAUCGCGUCGAUUCUCUCCGUCAAGGAUAUCAACGGCAACACGGCCCUUCACGCCGCUGCUCAAUUUGGCUGUGUCACGGGGACAAAAAAAAUAGUGGGUCUGGUGAAAUUAAAUGUACUGAAUUCUGAGAAGAUGACCGCUCUGGACAUUGCCAUAAAACACAACCAAGUCUUUGGCAUAUCAGACAUCGAAAAUUCGAUAAAGAAAAUUUUAGAAAAAAAUGGAGCCAAGAGAAGCAGUGAAAUUUUCCAACCUCAAACAACAACAGAAUACGUGCUCACCGAAGCAGGUUUCUUCGAAGCAGUCUCCCGAGCCUACUACUAUCUAACCCGAGAACUCACCCUCGAGAUGCGCAACGCCAUCUUAGUGGUGGCCACGCUCAUCGUGGCCGCCACCUACCAGGGGGUGCUUCAGCCCCCCGGCGGAGUUUAUCCUCCUCCCGAGGAUACAAACAAUAUUGGCAAUACUCUACUCAGCCGCCGCCACCAUAUGGAGGGGUGGACACAGCGGCAAACAAGGUUUAACGCGUUGCGGAAGAACCUGGCGGGGCGGAUGGUGAUGGAGGAGAACCACUACCGGUACUUCAUGCCGACGAACACGUUUGCGUUCGCGCUGUCGGUCGUGAUCGUGAUAUUCGUGGUCCCCGGCUCGCCGAUAUUCUUGAUCCUCCACUUCUGCCUGGUGUUCAUGUGCGUUAGCUACCUUCUCGCUCUGGACGCCAUAUCCAAUUACACGGGCAUCUCCGACAUGAUCUUCGCGAUGGCCCUCUACGCCAUCGUCGGGGCCUACGUCGUCAAGCUCUUGUAUUAUCCGGUCAAGGCGCUCCUAAUCGACGAGGAUUGGUGGCUGCGGCGCUUCAACGUCAAAUUCGCCAACUACUCCAGCAGAGCCAAGCCUAAGGGUUACGCGGCGGCCGCCGUGAAGACGGCGCAAAUGAUGAAGAAUCAGCACAUGGUGCUAGCUCUUCAAUGAAUUUCAUGAUAUGUAUUUUUCUUGCUAUUUGAAAAUAAGCGAGUGCGCCUUAACGCUUGGGUUUGAAUUAUUCAUGUAACUGGUGUUUUUUUUUUUUUUUUUUUUUUUCGGAAGGGUGUCGUGUAACUGAUGUGUUGAUGAAAUAAAAUGUUUGAUAAUGUAAUAAAUGAAUUGAAGUUAUACAUGGUUACGUUUGGGCA